UCCUAGCUAGUAGGAGAAGAAAUAACUGACGCUGGCCCAGCAGCUAGGGCCAACUGCACCCAAGACCGGUGGCUAGCUAGCUAUACCCACGACAAAUGCGGUGUCACUGGUUAGCUUAAUGCAUUUUUUCAUGGUCAGGACGAUAAUGUUAAGAAGAGAGAAAAUCAUUCCAAACGCAACCAUGUAGAGCAGGUCAUAUACAGCCAAGGCAGAUUAGCUGAUAUUAUAUUUUAUGAGUCAUAUAUGUCAUGAGUACCGCAUACCAAUAGCUAACUGGUUCCCGACUUGUAACUAAAAAUAUCGCUUAUUCAAAAAUUACCCAUUCACUUUCCCAUUGACAAAAUUGCUGAAAACGAGGGGAGUGGCUUGGUGACGUUUUCACUUACAAGGUCUAUAGCUCUGGAAAUGGGACUCGGGGUUUUGCUGUACGUACCCAAUGUUAUUGGGUACAUCCGGGUCCUUCUGGUGCUAAUCUCGUGGAGUGGUUUCGAUAAUCCUGCAGUGUUUGUCCCCUGCUAUGUUGUAUCAAUAAUACUGGAUGGGGUAGACGGCUGGGCGGCUCGCAGGUUAGACCAGACGUCGGAGUUUGGGGCCUGGCUGGACGUGGUGGUGGACAACCUGGGGCGGGGCAUGCUGUGGAGCACGCUGUACAAGUGGGGCUGGCUGGUGUCGGCGGUGGAGUGGUGCGUGUUCGUGUGCAACCACAACGCGCACGGCGCUCAGUGGAAGACCAGCUUCUCGGAGAGCCCCCGGCUGAUCCAGGCCGUCAUGGCCAAAGGUUUUAAGACGCCCACGGGGGUCCUGGCCAUCGGUGGGCUGCACGUCCUGCCCGUGUGGCUGUACGGCUACCAGCAGGGGGUGCUGUCCCGCCCGCUCUGCGUCCCGGAGUGGCUGCAGGUUCUGGGGGUGCUGGUGCUCGCUGGCGGGAGACUGCUCUGUCUCUGUGUGGAGGUGUGGUGUGUCUGGGCUCACGUCCACUUCCUCACCAGAGAUAAGCAGGUAGAGAGGAGAGAGUGACCCAACCGAGGCCGACGCCCACUGCAGUGGCGUGUCCAGACUUUUUUAACUGGGGUGGCCCAUGUGGGGCACUGACUUAUGCAGGGGUGGCGUGGAGCACGAGCACACACGCACGCACGCACACGUCAGUUAAUUUACCAUUUUUGUCUCCACUACACACUACCCAUGUCUACUUUAAUUACUAAUAUUACAGUGCCUUACAUUCCUGUGUUUAACUUAAAAGAUGAAUAGACCUACCAAUCGCAACACAACACAACAGAGUGGCACCAUAGAAAUUCAGUUUUUCCCACAGGAUUUUGUUAGACUAUGGCGGGUGGACCUCAGACCCUCUAGGGGGCUCCGGGGGCAUGCUCCCCCGGAAGAAAAUUUUGUACAUUUUUAAAGUUAAAUGCAUCAAUCUGGUGCACUUUGAGAGCAAAAUUAAGAGGACAGAUCGAUGAAGAACUUUGUGCUCUUGUAAACAAUUUUGUGCUCUAGUAAACAAUUUAAUCAUAAACACACUGGUCAACACAUAAACACAAAAGUCCAUAUUUCAUGCGUGGGGGCCUAUAAUACAGAUUUAUGAUUUAUCUUAUAGGUAGAGGACAUGGUAUUCAUCAACUCUCACUGCCUUUUGUAGCUGACAUUUGUAUUGUACCUCUCCAAAAUGCUUUUUUUGAAUAAAAUGCUUUUUGUCCAUUGUAAAGCAUGUAAAUGAGCCACUUAUGAAAGUUUAAGAUGAAACAUUGCUAUCAGAUUAAAAAAUAAUGUGAAAAUGUUGU